GCACUAAAGAAGGCUGAUGUUUAGUUUCCAGAGGUUGAUGUCAGUGUAACUGGAUUCCUCCAGUCUGGAAACAACUGGGAACAAGAUGGCUGUUGAGGGUGGACUGGAAAACUGCUUUUCCAAACUCUCACAGAAGCUGGACUGAAGCCACCCAGAGAAAAACAUGUUACUGUAAAUGACACGAUGAGCUCCAGUCGCGUCCGUCCUCAAGCACCGCAGGCCUCUCCGCCUUACGAAGGGAUCGAGAUGGAAAAGAUGCAUCAUGAAGAGGUGGGCCUCGGAGUGCCCGAUGAGAGCCCCUCUCCACCCACCUCCAGCUCCAGACAGGCGUGGAGCCGGGAUAACCCAGUGUUCGAGCCGGAGGAGGGGAUGAUGGAGGCGGACUGGCCUCCUGCGAGCCCCGGCCGGAGGUCUGUGUCCACGGCGUCCAGCAGCAGCAUCAGUGCGCGGAUCAACAGAGGACUGUAUCCAACUCCACCAGCACAAGAACACCGCAGCUGUGGGAAGAGGAUACUGGAGAAAAUGAGAGUGCUGUGGGAUACCCGUCUUUUGGGUGAGAGCAACAGCAACAGAGAGAUGUACCUGAAAACCGUCCUACGAGAAAUGAUCACCUACAUCCUCUUUCUGGUCACCCUCUGCAUAUUAACCUAUGGAAUGGUGAGCACCAACAUGUACUACUACACCAAAGUCAUGUCCCAACUCUUCUUGGAUACACCGCUGACAAGCGGAGAACCGACGACCUUCAAGACCCUUUCAACGAUGGAGGACUUCUGGAAAUUCACAGAAGGCCCUUUUCUUGAUGGCAUGUACUGGGAGUUCUGGUACAACAGCAAGAGCCUCCCAGAAAACCAGAGUCUGAUCUACUACGAGAACCUCCUGUUGGGCGUCCCACGUCUCCGGCAACUCAAAGUACGCAAUGAGUCCUGUUCUGUCCAUGAGGACCUGCAAGACGAGGUUUACGACUGCUACAGUGUCUAUUCUCCUGCCAAUGAGGACAAGUCACCAUUCGGACCGAAGAAUGGGACAGCGUGGAGGUACUCAGAGGAGAGCAGGCUGGGUGAGAGCAGUUACUGGGGUCAGGUGUCGACCUAUGGCGGUGGUGGAUACUACCAGGACCUGUCACGCACUCGAGAGAAGUCAGCCAAUCAGCUGCAGGAGUUAAAAAACAACCUGUGGUUGGACCGUGGCACUAGAGCAGUGUUCCUGGACUUCUCCGUCUACAAUGGCAACGUUAACCUGUUUUGUAUUGUGAGGUUGCUGGUGGAGUUUCCAGCCACAGGUGGCGCUGUGACCUCCUGGCAGUUCCAGACGGUGCGUCUCAUCCGGUACGUGUCCAGCUGGGACUACUUUGUGGGGAUGUGUGAAGUGGCCUUCUGCGUCUUUGUGCUGUAUUACCUGGUGGAAGAAGUUCUAGAGAUCCGCCUGCAUCGUUUGCGUUACUUCAAGAGCCUGUGGAACUGCUUGGAUGUUCUCAUCGUCGCACUCAGCGUUCCAGCCAUCAUUAUGAACAUCUGCAGAACGUCAGCGGUCAGUCACAGACUUCACUUCCUGUUGGAGAACCACAGCACAUACCCCAACUUUGAGCCGCUUGCUCGCCUCCAGGUUCACUUCAACAACCUGGCUGCCGUCAUUGUCUUCCUCUCAUGGGUGAAGCUUUUUAAGUUCAUUAAUUUCAACAAGACCAUGAAUCAGCUGUCCACCACCAUGUCACGCUGUGCCAAGGACCUGAUGGGCUUCGCCAUCAUGUUUUUCAUCGUGUUCCUGGCCUACGCUCAGCUGGCGUAUUUAGUGUUUGGAACUCAAGUCAACGACUUCAGCACCUUCCAGGCCUGCAUUUUCACACAGUUCCGAAUCAUUCUGGGAGAUUUUGACUUCUCAGAAAUCGAGGAGGCCGAUAGCGUGCUGGGCCCGAUUUACUUCACCACCUUUGUGUUCUUCAUCUUCAUGAUUCUACUGAAUAUGUUCUUGGCCAUCAUCAAUGACACUUACUCUGAGGUGAAAGCUGACAUGGCCCAGCAGAGGUCAGAGAUGGAUAUCACAGACCUCAUCAAGAAGAGCUACAACAGGGCGAUGGUCAAACUCAAGCUGAAGAAGACCUCCAUCAAUGACAUCCCAGACAGUUUACACCAGGCUGCAGGCAAACUCAGCUUCGAUGAGCUCCGGCAGGACCUCAGAGGAAAGGGCCAUUCGGAUGCUGAGAUUGAAGCCAUUUUUGCCAAGUAUGACCUUGACGGAGAUCAGGAACUGACAGAACACGAGCACCAGCAAAUGAGAGAUGACUUGGAGAAAGAGAGAGAGGACUUGGAUCUGGAGCACAGUUCGCUGCCCAGGCCAGUGAGUGGGCGGAGCUUCUCGCGUAGCCAGGAUGACUCCGAGGAGGACGAUGAUGAGGACAGUGGACACAGCUCUCGUCGCCGUGGCAGCAGCUCAGGGGGCGUGUCAUACGAGGAGUUCCAAGUGCUCGUGCGUCGAGUGGACCGCAUGGAGCACUCCAUCGGCAGCAUCGUGUCAAAGAUCGACGCCGUCAUCGUGAAGUUAGAGGCCAUGGAGAGAGCCAAGAUGAAGAGGAGAGAUGUGCUCGGACGGAUCCUGGAUGGAGUCAUGGAGGACGAGAGGAUGGGCCGAGAUCCAGAGCUGCACCGAGAGCACAUGGACAAGCUGGUGAGAGAAGAACUGGAGCGCUGGGAGUCUGAUGACACCAUGUCACAGGUGAGCCACCAUCAGGCCACUCCCAUCAUCCCGUCUGCUCAGCUCCGCCCACGCAGCUCCCGCUCACCAUCCUCACUGUCCAACGAGGGUCCAGAUGGAGCGGCCAGUGGGGCUGCCAACAUGUGAAGGGUUUUAAUUGUAAAAACAUUCCUACAGAUCACGAAGUCCACAAUUUGUUCUCCAGUGCCUUGCCUGGUGCAGUGCACUGGGCAAAAUUUACUUAAACAGUAUUAAAGGUCCGUCCCAAAGCCACAGUAUUAAGUUAAAUAGUAAUAACUAUUAAUAAAUAAACAUUAAGAGUUAAAUAGUCCUGCAAAAAGCUAUUUAUUUGGGUUUCUUUAUAUUAAAGUUAAAAGGGGCUUUAUGAUGCAAAAGUUGAGAUAAAUGGAGUUUUUUUUUAGUUCUAAAACACAGUUUCCUUAUUAUUUAAUAAAAACAUUUUUUUUGAAUAUGUUAUUGAAAUAAAUUAGAUUUUAAGGUCAGUCAGUGGAAGCUUAACUUUGGUUUGCCCAUAUUAACCAGGUACAUUUAAAUGCAUUUUGAAAUUGAUGUACAUUUAGCUUUUUUCAGCAAUCUUAGCUAUGAUUACUUCUAUUCAGUAUAUUAUUUUCCUAUCAAGCUAUAACUAAUUUACUGUAUGCAUUGAUCCCAAAAUUGCAAUACAUUAGUAAUGGCUGUUAAGCAAAAAAAAAAAAAAAGUUCAAUUAAUACAUCUAUGUGAACCUAAUAGUCACAAAAAAUUACCUUGUCACCAUCUGGUUGGAAGUCAUUGGCUUUGGAAAGUAUAUAAGAAGUACAUUUGAUCACAUUUUUUGUACUGUAUCCUGCGAUGGUUGAAUGCAGUGCUUACAGUGUGGAUGAAACGCAGUAUAGAUAUGCAUUAUUCUCACUAACCUACAAUAUUAAAGUCCAUUUUCAUCCAUAAUGAAGAAACCAGAUGGAAAGCUUACAGUAAUGAAGGAAAUAAUGUUCAACAAGGAUCAGUAUAUAUAUAUAUAUAUAUAUAUAUAUAUAUAUAUAUAUAAAGGGAAAAUAGCUAUUCUUACACACAAUUAUACCUUACAAUGCAUCUCUUACAUGAGAAGUAAACAUUCAUAAUUGUCAAACAGUGAAGGUGGUCGCACAAAACUUUAUAUAUAAACUAUAAACUAUGCAUUUGGUAAUCAGCUUUUGUGCAUUUUUCCCUCAGUUUGCUUUGCAUAUUUUGCAGUUCACAUCUUGUUUUAGUACAAGUGUGGCAUGUUUUGUUAAACAUAUAUACGUAAAUGUAUUUUUAAUAAUUAUGAUUCUUAAAUCAUUUUGAUACUUUAACAAACUUCGAUUUGGAGUGCAUCUGAUUUCAUGGGAAACCCAUGUACUAUUUGUCUUAAGGUUGGAUUUACAGAGCUUUUCAUGAUUCCCUAAAUGUAAAGUGUAUAGUUUCUGCACAACUAGCAUCAGCAAACUGCUAAAAUAAUUGUUUUCAUAAGUUGUAUAAAUAUACAGUCAGACAGGUAACCACUUGUGCCAGAUGUGAUAUGUUGGGUCGCUCAAAUCAGUGUUUGGUGCUGCUUAAGAAACACAAAUUACACACUUCUUCUGAAAGCUUAAGAAAAAGGUCAAAAAACUUUUUUGUUCAAUUUCCUCUAACUCUGUAUGGUACUCUGUUGUUGUCAGAUUCUAUUACAGUUUAAUAUGACAGUCAUUCAAAAUAAAAUCCAUUCAGACUCAAA